UUUUGCAGCGAGAUAAGUCGAAUCCUGGCUGGUUUUGGGAUUCUUGAUACAGCUCCAGAUAAGUCGAAUCCUGGUUGGUUUUGCGAUUCUUGAUACAGCUCCAGAUAAGUCGAAUUCAACUUUGAACAUGUCUUUCUUGAUUUUGAUUUCUUUGAUUCUAAAAUUUGAUUUUUCAUGUUUCUUGAUUUUUUGAUCCGUUGUGAAAGGUUGAUUUUAGGGUUUUGCUUCUAUUUCUUUGUUUCCUUUUUCACUGAUCGUCUGUUAUAAAUGUAUUGAUAUGCUUUUUCUCAGAUUGCAGAUAUCAAGAAUUUUACACAAUCACACUUCUUUGGACUCUUUGUUUCAAAAAGAGGGUUUUUCAUUCUCAUUCUCUCGUUACUAUUCAUUCAUUCUACAAUCACAGAAAAGAACAACACUCUUUGAUUCUACCACCAAGAAUCAAUCAUACACAAAAUCAACAACGACAACAACAAGAGUUUUGCAAUGGCUUCAAGAAUUGUUCCUCAACAACAACCCAAAGGAAACAGGUGAAAAAGAAUGGUGCCGCAGGUGAAGGAAGGAACCGAAGAGCACUUCUUGAUAUUGGAAACGUUGUCACUCUAAAAGGUGUUGAAGUCAAGCCAAAUCGCCCUGUCACAAGUUUUUGUGCACAACUACUUGCCAAUGCUCAAGCAGCAGCAGUUAACGCGAAUAAAAAGAAACAAGCUUGUGCCAAUGGAGAUUGGAUCCUCUCCACUUCAGGGACUUGAGGGAGCUGAAUAUGGAGCUGAGGAAGAACAAGAAGAAGAAGGUGAAGCUCGCAGAGAGUUCGGAAUCUGUUACGGUAACCGAUUCAGCUUCUGGUUCUGGUUCUGUUCCGGUUAGGAAGAAGGCAAUUAAGCAAUGUGAUUCGCAGUUGGAUCUUAUAAGAAUGGUUUUGGAAAGAGAAGUUGAGAAGAGAAAAAAGAACAAUAAUGAGAAUAAGAAGAAUAAGAAAAAGAAGUAAAAAGAGAUGAAAGUAGAAGAAGUUGAAUUCAAUGAAAGAGAAUUAAGGAGAGAGUUACCAAAUGGUGUUAUGGAAAUAUCACCAGCUUCAACACCUCUUGAUUAUAACAAUGUGAGUUCUCAUUGUGUUGUGAAAGUUGGUGUUGAUCAUAAUAGGGUUGUAGCUGUAACGCCACGAAACUUCAGGUCCAAGAAUGUUGAUAGGGUUGCUCUUGGAAAGUUGCAAGUUGUUCCUUAUGGACCAAGCUUGAAGAAGAUAAAUACUGAGAGGAAGUGUCACUUGUGCCAGAGAAGUGAAUCGGUGAAUCUCGUCCAGUGUUCUAGCUGUAACAAGGGGUUUUUCUGCUUUGAUUGCAUUAGAGAGCGGUUUGUAGUUCUUAUUACAUUCAUUUUCUGUGUCCUGUCACUAUCCAGUACUUCUGUACUUGUUUAUGGUUGUUUAGAAGUUUUAUGUUGUGCUGAAUUUCUUACUUGGUCGGAAUUCUCGUCAUUUGUUGUUGGGUAUUUGACUUUAUUCGAAAACCUGUUGAUUUGAUUGUUUAGGGAUUUGUGUGUUAUUCUUUUGGGGCAAUGCAGAAACUUAAAUUUUGAAAAGCACGAUUUAAUAUGCCAAAAACAUAGAGGUUGGGUACUUUUUUAUGUUGUUAAGACUUAAGAGAGAUGAGUGGAAUGAUCAUCGUUGUCAGCAGAAGUUAAGAAGAAAAUCAUGAAAUUUAAAAAUGAAAACAGAAAUUGUCAUUUUUUUCUCUCGCAAUUUGCAGAAAUUAGUAAUACAAGUUGGGCCAAUGAUGGUUUGUGCUAAGAUAAUUCAUAAAUGUGAUUUAUGUAGUCUGUUUCUCUUGAAUUUAGAAUUAAAACAUGAGACGUUUGACACUAGAAAAGAAGUUAAGAAGGCGUGCCCAGUUUGUCAAGGAACUUGCACUUGUAAGGUCUGCUUGGAAGACCAAUGUAACGACAGUGAAAGUAAGUCCUAUUUAUCUGGUAAAAGUAGAGUUGAUAGAAUACUCCAUUUUCAUUAUUUGAUCUGCAUGCUCCUUCCAGUACUAAAGCGAAUAAGUGAAAACCUAGAAACUGAGCUAGAAACAGAAGCAAAAAUCAAAGGGAAAAAUAUUUCUGAUAUUCAAAUCAAUCAGGUUGAAUUUGGCUACAAUGAAAAUAUUUAUUGCAAUCACUGCAAUACACCCAUCCUGGAUCUUCAUAGACGUUGUUCACUAUCUUCAAGGUAAGCAUCGUCAAUACCGAGAGAAAGUUCCUGAAUCUCUGAAGCUUCAGAGAAAGCGUAAGAACAACGAUGAAGCUACAGAAACUGUUGUAGUCGAUAAUGCGGAAGCUAGAGCACCGAGGGAGCUGAAUAUGGAGCUGAGGAAGAACAAGAAGAAGAAGGUGAAGCUCGCAGAGAGUUCGGAAUCGGUUACGGUAACCGAUUCAACUUCGGGUUCUGGUUCUGUUCCGGUUAGGAAGAAGGCAAUUAAGCAAUGUGAUUCGCAAUUGGAUCUUAUAAGAAUGGUUUUGGAAAGAGAAGUUGAGAAGAGAAAAAAGAACAAUAAUGAGAAUAAGAAAAAGAAGAAGAAGAAAAAAGAGAUGAAAGUAGAAGAAGUUGAAUUCAAUGAAGGAGAAUUAAGGAGAGAGUUACCAAAUGGUGUUAUGGAAAUAUCAUCAGCUUCAACACCUCUUGAUUAUAACAAUGUGAGCUCUCAUUGUGAUGUGAAUGUUGGUGUUGAUCUUAAUAGGGUUGUAGCUGUAACGCCACGAAACUUCAGGUCCAAGAAUGUUGAUAGGGUUGCAAGUUGUGCCUUAUGGACCAAGCUUGAAGAAGGUAAAUACUGAGAGGAAGUGUCAAGUGUCACUUGUGCCAGAGAAGUGAAUCGGUGAAUCUCGUCCAGUGAAUCGGUGAAUCUUAUAAGAAUGGUUUCUAGCUGUAACAAGGAGUUUUUCUGCUUUGAUUGCAUUAGAGAGCGGUUUGUAAUUCUUAUUACAUUCAUUUGCUGUGUCCUGUCACUAUCUAGUAUUUCUGUACUUGCUUAUGGUUGUUUAGAAGUUUUAUGUUGUGCUGAAUUUCUUACUUGGUCGGAAUUCUCGUCAUGUGUUGGGUAUGUGACUUCAUUCGAAAACCUGUUGAUUUGAUUGUUUAGGGAUUUGUGUGUUCUGUUAUUCUUUUGGGGCAAUGCAGAAACUUGAAUUUUGAAAAGCAUGAUUUAAUAUGCCAAAAACAUAGUUAGAGGUUGGGUACAUUUUUAUGUUGUUAAGACUUAAGAGAGAUGUGUGGAAUGAUCAUCGUUGUCAGCAAAAGUUAAGGAGAAAAUCAUGAAAUUUAAAAAUGAAAACAGAAAUUGUCAUUUUUUUUUUCUCUCGCAAUUUGCAGAAAUUAGUAAUACAAGUUGGGCCAAUGAUGGUUUGUGCUAAGAUAAUUCAUAAAUGUGAUUUAUGUAGUCUGUUUCUCUUGAAUUUAGAAUUAAAACAUGAGACGUUUUCCAAAACAUUUUGACACAAAUAGGUAUCUUGACACUAGAAAAGAAGUUAAGAAGGCGUGCCCAGUUUGUCAAGGAACUUGCACUUGUAAGGUCUGCUUGGAAGACCAAUGUAACGACAGUGAAAGUAAGUCCUAUUUAUCUGGUAAAAGUAGUGUUGAUAGAAUACUCCAUUUUCAUUAUUUGAUCUGCAUGCUCCUUCCAGUACUAAAGCGAAUAAGUGAAAACCUAGAAACUGAGCUAGAAACAGAAGCAAAAAUCAAAGGGAAAAAUAUUUCUGAUAUUCAAAUCAAUCAGGUUGAAUUUGGCUACAAUGAAAAUAUUUAUUGGUAAGUUCUCGUCUUCAGAUGCUAUAAUUUUUUUUCUUUUCAAUCUGCUUGUUAACUAGUGCACUGGUCUAAGUAAUCACUGCAAUACACCCAUCCUGGAUCUUCAUAGACGUUGUUCACUAUCUUCAAGGUAAGCAUCGUCAAUACCGAGAGAAAGUUCCUGAAUCUCUGAAGCUUCAGAGAAAGCGUAAGAACAACGAUGAAGCUACAGAAACUGUUGUAGUCGAUAAUGCGGAAGCUAGAGCACCGAGGGAGCUGAAUAUGGAGCUGAGGAAGAACAAGAAGAAGAAGGUGAAGCUUGCAGAGAGUUCGGAAUCGGUUACGGUAACCGAUUCAACUUCGGGUUCUGGUUCUGUUCCGGUUAGGAAGAAGGCAAUUAAGCAAUGUGAUUCGCAAUUGGAUCUUAUAAGAAUGGUUUUGGAAAGAGAAGUUGAGAAGAGAAAAAAGAACAAUAAUGAGAAUAAGAAGAAUAAGAAAAAGAAGAUGAAGAAAAAAGAGAUGAAAGUAGAAGAAGUUGAAUUCAAUGAAGUAGAAUUAAGGAGAGAGUUACCAAAUGGUGUUAUGGAAAUAUCAUCAGCUUCAACACCUCUUGAUUAUAAUAAUGUGAGCUCUCAUUGUGAUGUGAAAGUUGGUGUUGAUCAUAAUAGGGUUGUAGCUGUAACGCCACGAAACUUCAGGUCCAAGAAUGUUGAUAAGGUUGCAAGUGGGUUGCUUCAAUUGUCUCUAUUUAUCGAUUUUCUGUGUUUUCUUUUUUGUCAAUUUUGAACUAACUGUUUUGUUUAGGUUGUGCCUUAUGGACCAAGCUUGAAGAAGGUAAAUACUGAGAGGAAGUGUCACUGGUGCCAGAGAAGUGAAUCGGUGAAUCUCGUCCAGUGAAUCGGUGAUUCUCGUCCAGUGAAUCGGUGAAUCUUAUAAGAAUGGUUUCUAGCUGUAACAAGGAGUUUUUCUGCUUUGAUUGCAUUAGAGAGCGGUUUGUAGUUCUUAUUACAUUCAUUUGCUGUGUCCUGUCACUAUCUAGUAUUUCUGUACUUGCUUAUGGUUGUUUAGAAGUUUUAUGUUGUGCUGAAUUUCUUACUUGGUCGGAAUUCUCGUCAUGUGUUGGGUAUGUGACUUUAUUCGAAAACCUGUUGAUUUGAUUGUUUAGGGAUUUGUGUGUUCUGUUAUUCUUUUGGGGCAAUGCAGAAACUUGAAUUUUGAAAAGCAUGAUUUAAUAUGCCAAAAACAUAGUUAGAGGUUGGGUACAUUUUUAUGUUGUUAAGACUUAAGAGAGAUGUGUGGAAUGAUCAUCGUUGUCAGCAAAAGUUAAGGAGAAAAUCAUGAAAUUUAAAAAUGAAAACAGAAAUUGUCAUUUUUUUUUUCUCUCGCAAUUUGCAGAAAUUAGUAAUACAAGUUGGGCCAAUGAUGGUUUGUGCUAAGAUAAUUCAUAAAUGUGAUUUAUGUAGUCUGUUUCUCUUGAAUUUAGAAUUAAAACAUGAGACGUUUUCCAAAACAUUUUGACACAAAUAGGUAUCUUGACACUAGAAAAGAAGUUAAGAAGGCGUGCCCAGUUUGUCAAGGAACUUGCACUUGUAAGGUCUGCUUGGAAGACCAAUGUAACGACAGUGAAAUCCUAUUUAUCUGGUAAAAGUAGUGUUGAUAGAAUACUCCAUUUUCAUUAUUUGAUCUGCAUGCUCCUUCCAGUACUAAAGCGAAUAAGUGAAAACCUAGAAACUGAGCUAGAAACAGAAGCAAAAAUCAAAGGGAAAAAUAUUUCUGAUAUUCAAAUCAAUCAGGUUGAAUUUGGCUACAAUGAAAAUAUUUAUUGGUAAGCAUCGUCAAUACCGAGAGAAAGUUCCUGAAUCUCUGAAGCUUCAGAGAAAGCGUAAGAACAACGAUGAAGCUACAGAAACUGUUGUAGUCGAUAAUGCGGAAGCUAGAGCACCGAGGGAGCUGAAUAUGGAGCUGAGGAAGAACAAGAAGAAGAAGGUGAAGCUUGCAGAGAGUUCGGAAUCGGUUACGGUAACCGAUUCAACUUCGGGUUCUGGUUCUGUUCCGGUUAGGAAGAAGGCAAUUAAGCAAUGUGAUUCGCAAUUGGAUCUUAUAAGAAUGGUUUUGGAAAGAGAAGUUGAGAAGAGAAAAAAGAACAAUAAUGAGAAUAAGAAGAAUAAGAAAAAGAAGAUGAAGAAAAAAGAGAUGAAAGUAGAAGAAGUUGAAUUCAAUGAAGUAGAAUUAAGGAGAGAGUUACCAAAUGGUGUUAUGGAAAUAUCAUCAGCUUCAACACCUCUUGAUUAUAAUAAUGUGAGCUCUCAUUGUGAUGUGAAAGUUGGUGUUGAUCAUAAUAGGGUUGUAGCUGUAACGCCACGAAACUUCAGGUCCAAGAAUGUUGAUAAGGUUGCAAGUUGUGCCUUAUGGACCAAGCUUGAAGAAGGUAAAUACUGAGAGGAAGUGUCACUGGUGCCAGAGAAGUGAAUCGGUGAAUCUCGUCCAGUGAAUCGGUGAUUCUCGUCCAGUGAAUCGGUGAAUCUUAUAAGAAUGGUUUCUAGCUGUAACAAGGAGUUUUUCUGCUUUGAUUGCAUUAGAGAGCGGUUUGUAGUUCUUAUUACAUUCAUUUGCUGUGUCCUGUCACUAUCUAGUAUUUCUGUACUUGCUUAUGGUUGUUUAGAAGUUUUAUGUUGUGCUGAAUUUCUUACUUGGUCGGAAUUCUCGUCAUGUGUUGGGUAUGUGACUUUAUUCGAAAACCUGUUGAUUUGAUUGUUUAGGGAUUUGUGUGUUCUGUUAUUCUUUUGGGGCAAUGCAGAAACUUGAAUUUUGAAAAGCAUGAUUUAAUAUGCCAAAAACAUAGUUAGAGGUUGGGUACAUUUUUAUGUUGUUAAGACUUAAGAGAGAUGUGUGGAAUGAUCAUCGUUGUCAGCAAAAGUUAAGGAGAAAAUCAUGAAAUUUAAAAAUGAAAACAGAAAUUGUCAUUUUUUUUUUCUCUCGCAAUUUGCAGAAAUUUGAAAUACAAGUUGGGCCAAUGAUGGUUUGUGCUAAGAUAAUUCAUAAAUGUGAUUUAUGUAGUCUGUUUCUCUUGAAUUUAGAAUUAAAACAUGAGACGUUUUCCAAAACAUUUUGACACAAAUAGGUAUCUUGACACUAGAAAAGAAGUUAAGAAGGCGUGCCCAGUUUGUCAAGGAACUUGCACUUGUAAGUUCUGCUUGGCAGACCAAUGUAACGACAGUGAAAGUAAGUCCUAUUUAUCUGGUAAAAGUAGAGUUGAUAGAAUACUCCAUUUUCAUUUGAUCUGCAUGUUCCUUCCAGUACUAAAUCGAAUAAGUGAAAACCGUAGAAACUGAGCUAGAAACAGAAGCAAAAAUCCAAGGGAAAAAUAUUUCUGAUAUUCAAAUCAAUCAAGUUGAAUUUGGCUACAAUGAAAAUAUUUAUUGCAAUCACUGCAAUACACCCAUCCUGGAUCUCCAUAGACGUUGUUCUAAUUGUUCGUUGUGAGAAAUCAUCUCAAGGAAGAACUUCCGGAUAAAUUAACUCAUCAAUGUUGAAGCUACCUGAUCAAAGGAAAGCUUGUGUUGACAAUGAGGGCCAUAUUUUGGAUCAGAAGGACAUUUCUUGUGGCAAUUUAACUCCUACUUUAGCAUUGCCUGAGGAGACAAAUUGUAAUGAUGUUGAAAAAGUGUCAUGCCCUCCUACGUUAACGUUGCCUGAGGAGACAAGUUGUAAUGAUAUUGAAAAAGUGUCAUGCCCUCCUACGGAACUUGGUGGUUGUGGUACAGGCCUGCUAGAUUUAAGAUGCAUUUCUCUCAUGACUUUGCUCAAAGAGAUUGAAGUAAAGGCAGAAGAAAUUGUUUGCAGCUAUGACAUUCCUGACACUUCGGAUAAAAGUUCAAGCUGCUCGCUGUGUUUUGACACAGACCUUAAUAGUAACCGAUAUAGCCAGUUGCAGAAAGCAGCUGAGAGAAAAGAUCCAUCAGAUAAUUGCUUGUUCUGUCCCAUAGUUUUGGACAUCAAUGGUAGUAACUUUGAGCACUUUCAGAAACACUGGGGAAAGGGCCAUCCUAUAGUGGUCCAAGAUGUGCUCCAGAGGACAUCAAACCUCAGCUGGAAUCCACUGUUCAUGUUCUGUUAUUAUCUCGAGCAGAGCAUUACAAAGUACGAGAAUAAUAAAGAGUUACUUAUAUCCUGUUUGGAUUGGUGUGAGGUGGAAAUAAACAUUAGGCAGUAUUUUACUGGAUCCCUCAAAUGUCGUCCUCAGAGAAACACUUGGCAUGAGAUGCUGAAGCUGAAGGGAUGGCUGUCUUCCCAAGUAUUCAAAGAGGAGUUUCCAGCCCAUUUUUCUGAAGUAAUUGAUGCUCUACCAGUUCAAGAAUACAUGAAUCCCAUGCCUGGUCCUCUGAAUUUAGCUGCAAAGUUGCAACACGGGAGUGUGAAACAUGACAUUGGGCCAUAUGUCUAUAUUUCAUAUGGUUGUGCUGACAUAGAAGCUGAUUCUGUGACAAAACUCUGCUGCGACUCACAUGAUGUGGGUUACAUGGAUUUGGUUUAUUUCACAAGUGUCCUUUCUCAAAUCUGCAACAUGUUAAUUUUUACGUCCGAAGUGAAGAAAUUGGAGAUGAGUACCUCUGCGAUACAUUUUUCUGUCUGUGUUAUAUAUUUUCAUCUAUUGCUAUUUGACAAUCUGAACUCCCCCGGCUAUAUUUUAACUGCAUCAUGACUGUCAAAAUAUCCACAUCAGCAUAAUCGUAUUGUUCUAUCCUAACUCCCCCGCUUCCUAUAUAAACCUCUUCAAUCCAACAAGUUUCCCUCAACGUUCUAUAUUUUCAAUUUUGCAGCGAGAUAA